CAGCCCGGGCGCAUGGAGCCGGGUCUGGUAGGCACGCUGAUCAUCCGCUGGGAGUGAAGCCUCAGUUGAACAGUCAAACUUCAACUGCAAGGCAAAUGAGUGCUUUACAAGUAACUCUCCAUGUUCCCCCGAGGUUUACAGAUUGCUUGUCGGUACGGGCUUGAACCUUUAUGGCUUCGACACUAAGAACUAUGUGAUGUGGGCGGGGCAUGCAGGAUAAUGGAACCCACUUCUGCAAGCCAGUCGCAUUCCUCCGAUUCCCGCACAUCAAGGCAGAACUCGACCGAAUCGUCAGUAUCUUUCCUUGUCGGUUUGUCACCUUAGCGGCCGUAGCUCGCCACCAGGAUCUAGACGUUCUCUUCUUUUCUCACCGUGUCAUUAUACUCAAGUCUGUCAUUCUUGUAGACAAACUAAUCAUAGAGUUUUUACAUUUUCUCCAGAGCCAUCUCGCAUGUACCUUCAUCCAACAUAGCAAGUGUUACUCAGCGACCGAGAUGGCGACCCCCGAAGAGCAGGCUGUCGCCCUCAAGAAUCAGGGUAACAAGGCUUUUGCUGCGCACGACUGGCAAACAGCCAUCGACUUUUACACCAAGGCCAUAGAACUCAACGACAAGGAGCCAACCUACUGGUCGAACAGAGCUCAGGUCCGUGCUGUCUCGAAGCCCAGUUUUCCAUCCGAACCGCUCAGGAGCUUUGGUCGCGUGACUGACAAGACUUGUUUCUGCGCAGGCGUAUCUGAAGACGGAGGCAUACGGCUAUGCUAUACGGGAUGCUACGAAAGCUAUCGAGCUUAACCCAGGCUUCGUAAAGGCCUAUUACCGCCGCGCCACAGCAUAUGCCGCCAUACUGAAGCCCAAGGAUGCAGUCAAAGACUUUAA